UCCGGACCUCUGAGCUACAGAAGAAGCCUCUGACUGAAGUUUACUAGCUUAGAGAGCUGAAUGACAUUUGUGCAAGUUUACUCUAGUGUGUCACAUUUAGACAACACAUAGAACGGCAUUGUUCCUGCUUUAUUUGCAUCGACAUCUCUGUGAAAAAUGCGGGACCGAACUAAAGAAUUAGGAAAUAAAGCAGAGUCCUCGGAUGAAGAUGAGGAGGGCAGAGCGCUCAUGGGCAGGCCUGGACCCUCUUCAGCCAAAGAGGACAAGGAGAGCGAAGCCUUCUUCAAAAAGGCUCAAGAGAUCCAUGAGGGCCUGCAGAGUCUGAAGAGAAUGGUUUCUGACCUUGAGAACAAGCAGAAGACUGUCCUGGGUGUGGCUUUACCAGAGGACAGUAUGAAGAAAGAGCUUCAGACUCUAAGAGAUGAGAUCAAAACAAUGGCGGGCCAAAUACAGAAAAAACUAAAAAGCAUUGAACCCAAAAAGGGAGAAAGUGAUGAUGGUAAAUAUAUAUCCAUAAACAUUAGAAUGCAGCGGACACAGCACGGUGUUUUAUCCAAAGAAUUUGUUGAGUUGAUGGGCCACUGUAACACCAUUCAGGCUCAAUACAGGGAUCGUAAUGUGGAACGGAUACAAAGGCAACUUAAAAUCACUGGGAACAAUGUCACAGACGAAGAGCUUGACACCAUGCUAGAAAGUGGGCAAACUGACGUCUUCACUCAGAAUAUCUUGAGCGAUGCCCAAGCUACAAAACAGGCUCUGAAUGAGAUUGAAUCCAGACACGAUGAAAUCCUUAAAUUGGAGAGGAGCAUACGGGACCUGCACGAUAUGUUUCAGUACCUUGCCAUGGAGGUGGAGGCACAGGGAGAAAUGGUUGACAGGAUUGAAACGAACAUCAAACAAUCAUCUAACUAUGUGGAAAAAGCUAAAGAAAAUACAGCAAAGGCAGUUACAUAUCAAUCCAGGGCACGCAAGAAGAAAAUAUGGAUUGCAGUGUGCUUAGCGGUCUUGAUUCUCAUCCUAGUCAUCUCGUUGCUUACUACUUUUGGCUAAGAUUUGGUAACAGUUGUGGGUUUGCACAAGCGACUAUAGACUCUUAAAACCUUUAUAUUUGAGCCAACGUAAGGACGUACAGGUGAAUUUUGAGCUUCAUCCUUUGGUUUAGUUCAAAUAUUUCCCCUUGUCUAACCCCUAUGUCACAUUGUGUGUCUUUUUAUUUGUUUGGAGAUGUGGUGUCAUGAAGUGGACCCUUUUUCAGACAUUACAUAGUUUAAACAAUCUAAUUUGUUUAUACAUUUUUAAAUAUAAAGCUGCUGGCUUGUACAAUAGGAUUUAAGACCCCUGGAUAAAAAACUGUUACAGUGGUGUACCCUCUCCUUUUUUAUUAAGGGGAUUUUAGUGGCCUUAUUAUAGGCAGACUGCAGUAUUCAACACUGGCGCUGAUCAUACUGUACUCAGGAAAUAUAUGUUGAUUUUUUUUUUUAUUAUUAUUAAAUUAAUUGGAAAUUUAAACAUUUUUAUACAGUAUGAAUUUUAGCUAUAGUGAGACUAAUAUAAUUGUACAUAACCUCUCUGUUGAGACAUACUUUUAUCAAUAUACAAGACUUGAAAGAUGUUUUUAAAAUGCCUGUAUGUAACAAGUGUAAAUAUGUUUUGCUAAUUAACAAUUCAUCUGCUUUUUACGUGUAUAAAGGUAUCCUAAUGUCUUCCACUGCCGCUUCCUUUUUGUAUCCACUUUAAUUGUAUUUGCCAUUGGAAAUGUUGUAGCUGCUGCAGAGAUGUUGGCAACAAGACAACCUAGUAAAAUUGUGCCUUCUCCCUGAUCUGACGCUCUGCACUGAAUUUGAAAGGGAUAGUGUGUUUUUAUGCAAUUCACAGCAAUAUUUCUAACACUUGGCCUAUUAUUCUGAAAGAUUUUAUUAUACAGUUCUCAUAUUGUUCUUUAGCUUUUCUAUAUUUAUUUUUCACCACUUUGUUAGUAAAUCAUUCUACUUUUGGACCACACUCUAUAACCUUUUUUUUCUCAUAGAUUGAUGGCAUAGGCACUUGUUUAUCAGCAGUAGCCAAAUGCUUUAUGAAAUGAUGGGAAUCGAACAAAACCAUGACACUAUAGCUUUUAAGUAGUUGCAAUACCUUUUUGGAAAUUCUCAUUUAACAUCUGUUUUUAAAAUAAAUUCCACCCUGUUACA